UCACUCGUUACGUCGCCGGAAAAGCAGCGCUGCGUUUCUUCCGACAGAUAUUCCUUUAAAGGCGUAUUUAAAGGCCGGACUUGAGCUUGAAGGAGUACAGGACGAACUGUUAGUGCAAACAAAAGCAGCUGCUGCUGAGAGACGAGAGACUGUCCGAGCGAGCAGCGGACAAAAAACGCGGAGCCGGCGGCCGAGACGAGCCGGCGCGAGGUAAGACUGUUGGGUCAGCAACAAAUUGUAACCUCUGCCAAAACAACGUCGCCUUGCCCUCGACAUUUAUGAAGCUUUCAUAGUCUUUCUUUUUUUCAUCAGCCAAUCGAUGGGGAUUUUUAAAGGAGCUGCGCUCGCCAUCGCCACCUACCCACCACCUCCUCCCUCCCACUCCACCUGCAGCCUCUUCCUCAGCCCCGCCCACUCCGUCAGCCAGUCGUCCAUCCAGCCCUCCAUAAACAAAUUCAAUAUGACUCUGGAACUUACCGAGUGGUCUUUUAUAUGGACUUUUACCUCUGGAAAUAGACAGUAAAAAGGGGGAGAAACCUCAAUGAUUAAAAAAAAGCCAUAAACUUAAACUCAUGCAUACAUCACACACACAUGCACAUCCAUACACUUACACAUGCAAACUCAUAAACAUUGACAAAUCAACAUACCAAAUAACAUUUUGUCAGCUGGAUCUUGCACACCUGACACACACACAUUCAGUCUUGGAAUGUAUCUUAAAUGUUCUGUGAAAAUUCAAUCACUUCCACAUUUUGGGAUUUUCUAAAAGUCUCUGGAAAGCUGAUGUUCUUAAUUUUUCAAUUCUGGGUGGGCAAAAAAGAUAAUUAAAAAGGGUGUUGAACUUGAAGCUGACAUUUUUUUUUUUUUAUAGAACGGUCUGUUUAGAAGAUGAAUAGUAGAUUUAAAAAAACACUUUAUUUGACAUCUGUACUAAAUGAAUAGAUUAUAUCAUGUUCUAUUCUUAUUUUGUGCCCACAGCUAUCUAAAUUUUAGUGGGAACCAGUUCUUUCAUACAAAUUAUAUCUUUUUUGCCUUGCAUAGUGGCAUGAUGUCUGUUACAGAUGAAUUUCUGAUUUUGUUUUUGUUAUCGUGGUGUUGGCACAUCAUCCUGUGAGACUAAAUUGGCCAGAAUUUACUCCAACACAAUAUAAUAUAAGAUUACUUAAGAAACUCACCAAUAAUAUUUUGAUGUGAACAGGUUGUGACUGCAGCAAGUUAUUUAUUUUUUUGGGGGGUGGGGGGAGAGUUCCUGUACUUCAACUGUAAGUCAUAUUGCUUACAUAUUUACUUUAGUUGCUGCAUUUGAUUGUGCUCAGAUUUGUGAUUGUAUUAGAGGGGGUGUGUUUCUUUCCCAACGCGUGCAUGCUUGCCAUGCCUCCUCAGAACACAGAGUCUGACAGUAUGCAAGUCGGAUCUGUGGUGGGCGGGGAUGGCGCCAAAACGUCCACCUCAGUGGUUAAAGAAGAUGAGCGAGGAGGAGAGAUGGAUGGAGAAGGAGGAGGAGGGGAGGAGUCGGCAAGCGAAGGAUCAAUAGAAGGCAUUUCCUUGAAGAAAUGGGUGAUGCACGGCGCUGUGAUGUUCGGCCGGGAGUUUUGCUACGCCAUGGAGACAGCCCUGGUGACACCCGUACUCUUACAAAUUGGUCUUCCAGAGCAGUACUACAGUCUGACAUGGUUCCUCAGUCCAGUUCUCGGCCUCAUGUUCACCCCUCUAAUUGGUUCAGCCAGUGACCGCUGCACUCUGCGAUGGGGCAGGAGGAGACCUUUCAUCCUGGCUCUCUGUGUUGGAACACUGAUAGGAGUCGCUCUGUUUCUCAAUGGAUCGCUGAUUGGUCUAUCGCUGGGUGAUGAGCAGGGAAGACAGCCAAUAGGAAUUGUUCUUACUGUGCUGGGUGUCGUGGUGUUGGACUUUUGCGCAGAUGCCACUGAGGGACCAAUCAGAGCUUACCUGCUGGAUGUGGCAGAUACAGAAGAUCAAGACAUGGCACUCAACAUCCAUGCUGCUUCAGCAGGUCUAGGUGGUGCAGUCGGCUAUGCUUUUGGAGGGCUAGAUUGGACACAGACCUUUCUCAGAGUAGUCUUCCAGUCUCAAGAACAAAUCCUGUUCUUUUUUGCUGCCAUCCUCUUUUCGGUCUCAGUCGUGUUGCAUCUCUUCAGCAUUGAGGAACAGCAGUACUCACCCCAACAAGAAAGGGUGGACCAGGGUAUUCCAGAUCCUGCAUGUCCCCAGCUCUCUGCCAGUUACAGGACAGGACUCCUGGCACCCAAACUGGAAAUGAUUGGAGAAAAUGACACAGUUGACAGCUAUGAUCUCUAUGACCCCUAUGGAUUUGAGCAUUCAGAACACGGGGAUAUGGACAUGGACUUUCUAGAUAUGGAGCUUGUGAGGAGUAAAAGUGAUAGUGUUCUUGCCAUGGCAGAUGCAACGCUUGACCACCUAGACCAUGACUCAUUGUUCCUGUGCCAUAUAGAACCAUCCAUCUUUGCUGACCGUCUCUCUCCCUAUCAUGGCUCACCACCUGCGACUGUUUCUUUUUUUUCUGCCAAUCCACGGACCACCAACAUCAGACGCAGCAGCAGUGCAGGAAGCCAGGAUCUGCUCCACUCCCAAAUCCACCACCACCAAACAAAUGCUCCUACGCCCAAGAUUUCCCGCCUCUCCGCUUUCUUGCAGGAAAUGGAAAAUGAUGAUGGCCAAGAGGCAUUGCUGAACAACCAGCUGAAUGAGCAGCAGGCACUGAAUGGGCAACUGUUAGCGGGCACCACUCAUUCUGAUAAGGUUAGCAAUAAUGCUAACAGGCUGAGCAGUAAAGGACAGGCUAAUCGUGCUGGACUGGUCAAAGCUGCCAGCACUGGAGUGCCAGCACGACAUCCACGUCAUCGCCACACCUUCUACCGCCACCCAUCAUGCACUUUCUCCUAUUACGGCCGCGUGGGCAGCCAUCGCUAUCGUAGGGCCAAUGCUGCCUUUCUCAUUAAGCCGUCUCGCAGCAUGAAUGACCUGUACGAAACGGAGGCCAGACACCGGAGGAGAAAUGGACAGAGGUUCAGGUACCGCAGUGGAAACACCAACUCUUCCGGCGGAGACACAGAGAGUGAAGAAGGCGAGGUUGAGACCACUGUGCGGCUGCUGUGGCUCUCCAUGUUCAAAAUGCCUCCAGCGCUGCUCCGGCUGUGUGCCUGUCAUCUGCUCACCUGGUUCUCCAUAAUUGCCGAGGCUGUCUUCUUUACUGAUUUCAUGGGACAAGUCAUCUACCACGGAGAUCCAACUGCUCCGACAAACUCUUCUACAUUGGAUAAUUAUCACAAAGGCGUUCAGAUGGGAUGUUGGGGAUUGGUUAUAUAUGCCUUGACUGCUGCCAUAUGUUCUGCUAUCCUUCAGAAGUACCUUGACAACUUUGACUUAAGCAUCAAGGUUAUUUACAUUAUGGGAACGCUUGCAUUUGCAAUAGGAACUGCUGUCAUGGCAAUCUUUCCUAAUGUAUAUGUUGCCAUGGUAAUGAUAAGCAGCAUGGGCAUCAUUUCUAUGAGUAUCUCCUAUUGUCCUUAUGCCCUGCUGGGGCAGUACCACGAAAUCAAAGAGUACAUCCACCACAGUCCUGGUAACUCCCGGAGAGGCUUCGGCAUUGAUUGUGCCAUCUUAUCCUGCCAGGUGUACAUCAGUCAAAUCCUGGUGGCCUCGGCUCUGAGUGCUAUGGUGGAAGCCGUCGGCAGUGUCAGAGUCAUUCCCAUACUAGCUUCUGUGGGCUCCUUCCUGGGAUUCCUCACCACCUGCUUCCUAGUUGUGUACCCGACUCCGAGCAAUGGGGAAGCGGACUCAGCCAAAGCUUCAGAAAAACGAGCCUUGAAAACUCUGGAAAAUAGCAACAGCAGCGAAAUGCCUGUUACAGUGGUCAUAGAGAAACCCAGCUUCCUGACACUCAACAAAGCAGGCAAGGCCACCACCAGCACUACUUCUGUUGUGGUGGAGAAUGAGUCAGCACUGUGAUGGACUCGGUAGGAUUGACAGACAUUUCUGGCAGCUCCCACUAAAAGAAUUCAGAGGGAGGGAAAUCACCUGAAUAUGUACUUCCCUCUAUGCUUUGCUGGUGCUCACAGACACAAAAAAGGCAAUCAAGUCCACUCCAUAUUUCUGUUCUGGCUUUAAGUGGUUUACAAUUUUUCUGACAUCACCAAAAUUCCUUCCACUUAGUCCUCAUGGAUAUUUGCUUCAUCUGUCAGGCUGUCAGAUGUGACUAAUUCGUGAGGUCAUGGUUUGAAGGAUGUGUCCAAUAGUUCUUGUGGAGAGAAACAGCAGUUUCUUUCUCUCAGGGCCUCUAGGUGGUGCUACUUUGCAACCACCUGGACAGAAAUCUUCAGGGGACUCGCUGACAUACCUUCAUACUGAAGACGACACGCACAUAAACAUGGCAAAGUUCACUGCAAAUAAACACCUAAAUAAUGACAAUUGUUCCUGAACUUUGUCAACGCUGCAAAUCAUUAGAAAAUGCUGAAAACCGUUCUUCCUCGCUGUGGAAUCAGGUUGAAAGACCUGAUCUAACAGAGUGCACCUGCUGACUUUUCUAUGAAGCACUGUGUUCACCAAAAUAAACCCAACACCUUUGGCUUUGUGGGACUUCGGCUGCACCGAGCGACGGUAGCUUUAAGACUCUGCAGACUUUUGAAAGUGGCAUUUUUGCAGCUAUGAGCCUGAAAACUGCUUUGGUUCCUGGGGGAGG